CCGCCAAGCAAACGCACUGCUCCCCGCCACGCGGCAUCACCACUUCACCUGUUCACCACCACAGUCCGCACCCACCCUAAAACCCUCUCCUCAUCCGGAGUCGGCGGCGGGGGAGGCGGGGCCGGGCCGGGGGUGGCGUGCGCGGUCAUCUCGGCGGCGGUCGUACGCUGGUUUGCAUGAAGGGCAGCUUCUCUGCAUAUUAGUUUUAAGUGCAUUUCCUUUGCGCGAUGUCAUCGAUUCUUCGAUCCAGUCAGCUGAGGAACAAUGUAUGGAGUAGUUUCCCUGUCAGGUUUCUUAAGCAACAAGCUGGAUUAUCAACUGCAAAAUUGCUUGGUUCUAGAAGCUGUGAGAUACGGCAUUUCACAACACAAGUACAGGAUCUUGGAAAGCAAGUUGUGGAUACAGCAACCGUAUUAAUUUUUGAUGUUGAGACUACUGGAUUUUUCCACAAGGAUCAUAGAAUAAUUGAGUUUGCACUCUAUGAUCUUUCUGGAGGAAAGAAUAGCACUUUUGAAACUCUUGUUAAUCCUGAAAGGACUGUUCCUAACCAUGUUGCACGUGUCCAUAAUAUUGGCACUGGUCUUGUGUGCAGGCCUGAUAUCCCAAGGUUCAGUGAUGUAAUCCCACUACUAUUGGCAUACGUUCGAAGUCGCCAAGCUCAUGGCAAGCCAAUUCUGUGGGUUGCUCAUAACGCAAAACAGUUUGAUGCUCGUUUCCUUGCCCAGGAGUUUGAUCGUUGUUCAGCACCAAUCCCUGCAGAUUGGCUGUUUUUCGACACCCUUGUCUUGGCAAAAAAGAUGGUGAAAGCAGAGGGGAAAAAACGUCCUACAAACUUGGAGGCACUGAGAGAACACUAUGGCAUCUGCUCAAAUGGCACUGCACAUAGAGCAAUGCGAGAUGUUAUGAUAUUGGGUCAGGUUUUCCAGAAAAUGACUUUUGAUCUUAAACUGACAUACAAAGAACUAAUGAAUGAGGCCAUGAGGGCUAGUGAAUUCAGCAAUGUUUCUUAAUUUUUUUAAACUCCAACCUUUUCUAGUGAACUUCUGUGCACAUGUUGGAUAUUUUUCCAGCUGGUGUCAUCUUGGCUUUCUACUAUUAAAGCGGUACCCGUAUUUUUCAAUAAAACCCCACAAUUUG